AAAACAUUCAAAACCACCACCAACAUCUUCUUAUCCCUCUCAAAAAAAAAAAAACUCUCCCUUUCUUUCUCUCUCUCCUACAAAAAAUGGGGAUGGACUACUACGCAAUACUAAAAGUAUCAUCAACAGUAAACGAAGAAGAGCUAAGAAGAGCAUACAAGAAGCUCGCCAUGAGGUGGCACCCUGACAAACACCCAAGUGGCACCAAGGGAUUCGCCGAGGAUAAAUUCAAACAGAUCUGCGAAGCUUACGAUGUUCUCAGCGACACUCAGAAACGUCAGAUCUACGAUCUGUACGGUGAAGACGGUUUAAAAUACAACGUCUCAUCUCCUUCUGCCACCGCAAACGCCGCCGCAAAUGGCGGCUCCGCCACUAAAGGUGGCAGUUUUAAGUACAGUAAAUCUAGAGUACAUGAUGAUAUCUUUGAUGGUUUCUUUGAUGAUGUUGGAAGUGAUAAGAGUCGAUCUCCUAUGAAAUCGGAUAAUUUUAAUUAUAGAAAUGUUGAUAAGAUUAAUGAUCUUAAUAAUAAGAGUAGUGAGUUUAGUAAGAGUAAGAGUGUGAAUGAGAAGAAUAAUCGUAAGUCGGAGAAAAAAGCAGCACCUAUGGAGAAUAAGUUGGCGUGUAGUUUGGAGGAGUUGUUUAAAGGUUCUAAGCGCAAGUUGAAGAUUGAGCGGAUUGUGUCCGAUGAUUCUGGCAUGCCUAUGACUGUUGAAGAGGUACUAGCAAUUGAAAUUAGGCCUGGGUGGAAAAAAGGAACAAAAAUCACAUUCCCUGAGAAAGGAAACCAAGAACCUGGUCGAUUACCUGGUGAUCUUAUAUUCGUUAUCGACGAGAAACCUCACCCGAAUUUCCAAAGAGAUGGCAAUGAUCUUUUGCUUAACCAGAAAGUUACACUUUUGGAGGCUCUUACUGGAAAGACACUGAGUUUGACGACUUUGGAUGGACGGAAUCUUAACAUUGAAGUUUCAGACAUUAUGAAACCAGGACAUGAAGUUGUGAUCUCAGGUGAAGGAAUGCCAAUAUCAAAGGAGCCUAAAAAGAAAGGAAACUUAAGAAUCAAAUUCGACGUCAAGUUUCCGUCAAGGCUAUCUGCUGAUCAGAAAGCUGAUCUAAAGAUGGUAUUAGGCAGAAGCCAAUGAUAGAGUGUCUAUAGUUGCGAUAAAUUGGGUUAUUUCUGCACAAGUAUAUUAACACUUACUGUGGAAUGUAUAUAGGUCAAGUAUUUUGUUGGAAACUUUGAUUUUUUUUGGGGGGUUUCUUUUAUAUAAUUGUGCAUACUAGGCAGUUUGCAGGUUUACAGUUGCAAAUAGCAAGGAAUAUUUGCAACAAGUUAGCGUAGUGAGCUGGAGGAAGAGGCAAGUUUGGGUUUUUUUUCAUCCCUUUUAUGCGAAGUUUGUAUAUUUUAAGUACACUAGUUCUGUAUUUUUGCUUUCUUAUGCUUUUUUGUUUGGGUAAAGCUUAAGAUGUAAUGCUAAGAUUGAGCUACAUUUCUCUCAUAUAUGGCUCAUUUGGCGUAAUUCUAUUGUCUUUUCUCCUC